GGUAUGAACAGCUGACAGGGCAGGUCCCAAGGCCCCACACUUGAUAUAUAAAGAGGACCUGAUCUUAAGAGUGAGAGCUACUCUGUGACUUGACCUUCUGACUCACAGGAUGAAAACCCUCCAGACUCUGGUUCUUCUGGCUGCAGGCCUCUCUGUCGCCCAGUCCGCAAACUUAAAAGCACUCAUCCAGUUCAGAAACAUGAUUCUGUGUGUGAUGCCUGAUAGCUGGCCUGUUCUCGACUACGCUGACUACGGCUGCUACUGCGGAAAGGGAGGCUCUGGCACACCUGUGGAUGAUCUGGACAGGUGCUGCCAAGUGCAUGACCAGUGUUACAGUGAUGCCAUGCAGCAUCCUGACUGCUGGCCCAUCCUUGACAACCCUUACACUGAGUUCUACGAUUACAGCUGUGACAAACAAAACAGGAAGGUCACCUGUGGCAACAAAAACAACGAAUGUGAGAUGUUUAUCUGCGAGUGUGACAGGAAGGCCGCGGAGUGUUUUUCCAGAUCAACUUGGAACCCCGAGCAUGAGCACCUACCCAGCGACCGCUGUCAUUAAAGACCUCCACAAACAACUGCAUAAAAUACAGAAAUUUAUGUUUGCCUACACAUGACAUUGCCAUCUUGUAGUGACAAAUUGUUUUGUCAAUUUACUGAGGAUCAUUACCUAAUCAGAAAUAUUCACAUAGAUUUCAGUGUACAGUCACAUUCAAAGUAUCAUGAUUUCUGUAUGAGACAAUACAUUUCUCAUACUUUAAUUUUACUGACCCAAAAACAUCCCUGAUUGCCUCUAUUUACUGAAACUCUUUUGUUAGAUUGGAACUGUGAAAGUUCAAUACAAAUCAAUACAAUUUUCUCAUUCCUCUCAACUCGCAUGCUGUUUACUGACAGUCAGUAAUUCAAGGGUAUAAUCGUAAUUCAAGUUACCAAUAGAGGGCACUAUGGUCCACCAUUUUCUUUCCUUGCUUGCAGGAUGAAAUCAGCAGUAUAUUGUAGCAUAGUAAGGACUCUGCUGUCUAAUGUUUUGUCUGUUAGCUGUCAGCUCGAUAUUUAUGUGAAAGUCUCACAUACAGUAUGUAAUAGUUGUACUUAAUCAAAUAAUAAAAAUGCAUUUGCUCAUUCCC